UUUAUAUACAUAAUAUAAUCAACAAAAUUCAUUUUCAUAGACGAGCUCAAAUUUAGCUUUCGAAAUAAGCGACUGGGUUUAGGGUUCCGUCGUCUCUGCUCCGACUAUGGCUGAUUCUCCGAGAAAACGGUAUGUACGCUCUCCUUCUCCAUGGGAAGAAAAUUCGAGAUCCAGGUCAAGAUCUAGGUCCAAAUCCAGAUCUCGUUCUAGAUCAUGGUCAAGACCAAGGGAGAGAUCUAGAUCAAGGUCUAGGUCAAGAGGUCGUGGCACUGGCAGGGAAGAAGUUGUUAAUGAUGGAACUACACUUUAUGUUACUGGCCUAUCUACAAGGGUCACUGAGAAAGAACUUGAAGAUCAUUUCUCAAAGGAAGGAAAGGUUAAGUCCGUCUUUUUGGUUGUGGAGCCUCGAUCUCGUGUAUCUCGUGGAUUUGCUUUUGUCAAUAUGGUCACUUCAGAUGAUGCUAAUCGAUGUAUCAAACACCUCAAUCAGUCGGUGCUUGAAGGCCGGUACAUAACUGUAGAGAGGGUUUUCUGGUUAUAUUCAGAAGAUAUUGCAUCAGCUAUGUUGGCAGAAAUCAAAGAUGAUCAGUCCAUCCAUCGCAACAAGCUAAAACAACUAAAUAGCAUCUAUAUUGCCCCAACAACUUUACAACCUCAGCGAAUACUCAACUCCCAAUUAAUCAAGCGUUUUUGUCAACAUUGUAAUCAGGCUUUUAUGUCACGGCGGAAACGUGCAAGGACUCCCACUCCUGGUCAUUAUCUUGGUCUGAAAAGUUCACGGGGUGAUGGUUAUGGUGAUCGUGGAAGGUAUCGUGGAGGAUCCAGCCGCGAAGAUUAUGGCUACAGGAGGUCUCCUAGACGCUCGCCAUAUAGAGGUGGGCGUGAUUACUCUCCCAGAGGUGGACGUGAUUACUCUCCCAGACAUUCUCCUUAUGGUGGAAGUGGAAGAUCAAGAAGGGAAAGGUCCAGGUCAUACUCUCCUCCCCGACACAGCCCUGAAAGGAACUAUGCACGUGGUUCUAGGUGAAAUAUGACUUCACUGUUGCAGUUGUUUUAUAAAAUGUAGAACUAUCCGUGAGACUUGUUUGAAUCAAUAUAUUGAUGCACUAUUGUCUGUUCACUGUUACGUUAAGUGUGAUCAACUUGUUGUACUUUAGAUGUCCCCUUUAUAUGUGCAAGCAUUGCUGUUAUGAAUGGAUUAUCGUUAUACUA